AUGGCAGUACAUUUCGUCAGCUACACUGCAAGGACUCACAAUAGGAGUGCUCACAAUAGGAGGUUAUCUUGGCUGUGUUGGAUAUUGGAAUCGAUGUCAGUUAAGCCGAUUGAUACGUUUAUCACAAACAGCGUGCAGUUGUUCGAGGUGAAUCCAUCACAGACAAUUCUCUCGAUAUCUUACAAGUGGAAACCGCAGUCUAGCAAGAAGAAGCCAGUUGUUUCGUUCAAAACACAUAAUGCUCACCUGUCGAGUUGUUAUAAGUUCAAGACCAACAAAAGCAAGGACGUGUCGAGAUUGCUGAGUGCUUUGGGGCCCAGAGGCGUUACUAUCACUCGAGGGAAGAUCGAAAAACGAGUGUGCAAGCCAGCAUCGAGGGAGAAUGGGAAGAAAAGCAAGAAGGAGGCAAAGUCCAGGGAUGUAGUUGGGCUGAGUACUUUGAUAGUCAACACAGAGGUCAAAGAACAUGUGCCUGUUGUAGAGCAGAAAGAACAGUCGUUGGAGAGCUCGAAGAAAAAGAAUAAGAAUAAGAAUAAAGGUAAAAAAAGACGUUAA